GAGCUGCUCCGGAAACAAAAACUCAAAAACCGGAAACAUGAGCUUUUAUCAAAUUCCAAUUGGCUGAGGCGAACAUACUUAACCAAUAAGAAGGAUGCUUGUUGAGACUCUAUUUCGUAAACACCAGUUGCAGUGGCUUAUAUUGAAUAUGGGCGGGGCUUUAUAUGUUUUUUUCCGGGUGUCUGCUGUCAGAUCAUGGCUUCUCUUGAUAGAGUGAAGGUGUUAGUUUUAGGAGAUUCCGGUGUAGGAAAGUCUUCCUUAGUGCAUCUUUUGUGCCAGAACCAGGUUUUAGGAAAUCCAUCAUGGACUGUUGGCUGCUCUGUAGAUGUACGGGUCCAAGACUACAAAGAAGGAACCCCAGAUGAAAAGACCUUCUACAUUGAAUUAUGGGAUGUCGGGGGCUCUGUUGGCAGCGCCAGCAGCAUCAAAAGCACCAGAGCUGUCUUUUACAAUUCAGUCAAUGGAAUUAUUUUGGUGCACGAUCUGACAAAUAAGAAGUCCUCUCAGAACCUCUAUCGCUGGUCACUUGAAGCUUUAAACAAAGAUUCUUCUCCAACGGGAGUCAUUGUUUCUAAUGGUGACUAUGACCGUGAACAGUUUGCUGAGAACCCGGUGCCUCUGCUGCUGAUCGGCACCAAGUUUGACCAGAUUCCUGAGAACAAACGAAGUGAAGUACUCACCCGGACGGCCUUUUUAUCUGAAGACUUCAACGCGGAGGAGAUCAAUCUUGACUGCACCAAUCUGAGAUACUUGGCUGCAGGAACAUCCAAUGCAGUGAAGUUGAGCAGAUUCUUUGACAAAGUGAUAGAGAAAAGAUAUUUCACAAGAGACCCAAGUCAGAUGACAGGCUUCACGGACCGAAAGCGCUUCAACUUCAAGAGUUUGCACUACGACUGAUACGCUGAACAUACGCUCUGUGGUUUUGGCUUCCCGACACCGCAGUUUUCUUUCCGUUCUUUGCAUGACUAGGAAACAUCUUUAUGUUGUCAAUGAAGUUUGAGAUACAGGUAAUGUUUUAACAAAAUAAAUCAAUAGCAGCAUAAGCAAUAUGCUAAAAAAAAAAAAUCAAACAUGAAUGCAACACAAACACCGUACACAAUACUACAGUCAGAAAGUCUUCAGACCAGUGUUGUUUUUUGUCAUUUUGUCAACAGUCUAAUGCAAUCUAAAGCUGUGAUACUUUGUUGUAAAAGUCUGAUCACUGUCUGCUGAGCUUGGAUGUAUAAUCCUCCAUUGUUUUUUUCAGCAUUCAUACCUAAAUAAAAAAAAUUACAUGGGCUGUAGAAAGUCACAAACUGGCGCGCUAAGCUCCUUGUGUUUAUUAUUCGAAUUAUCAUACAGAAAAUACAUUUCCAACAGUUCAAUGGACAAACCUAUUUUUGUUUUGUGUUAUCUGUUUUUGCCUCCACUGACCUCUCGUCACGGAUUUAGACCUUUUUGGGCAGUCAGGGUCUGAAAACGUCCUGACUGACUAUGCCUGCUUCUUGCAAGCAAAGUAAAAGAAAGGUGUACUGGCCUCAAACCACAUCAUUCCCCUCCGUAACUUCCUUAAUCCAGUUGAAGAAGGGGUGGAUUUUAAUAAAGACGUGAGAACUCUUGGGAUUACUGCAGUUGUCU